AUGGUGGUGAGAGGUAGAUUUACACGGGCGAGGGAAGGAGAGGAGCGCGGGACAGAGCGGCGCCUUAUAUAUACGGGGCGCUGGGGAACAGACGCUACGACAGCACGGCGCUCGGGACCAGACGCCCGCUGGAGACAGCCCGUGCAGCUGGGCGGGGGCGCCCACGGCGUGCACGUGCGCACCCCGCGCCUCUGCUCGACGCAGCUGAUGCAGCCGGUGGCGGGGCAGGGCUCAGGCACCGGAGCCCGCCCGACGCCGGUCCCCUCCGACCGUCCCCAGCUCCGGCGCCUGAGCAGCCUCCAACGCGUCGCUCUCACUGCCAAGCCGCACCCACGGCCGCCCGCGCCUCCCUUUGCGGCUGUCUGCACCCGACAGGCUCCGUCACUCGCCAGAGCGCAUCCAGGAGCACACAUCUGCUUAGUGCACCCGCCCGCCUGCCUGCCUGCCCAUCCGCUCUCCACCGCCCCGCACGUCGCACACCCUCGCGGACCGGCGCCGCCCCGCGCUCAUCUCCCUCCCACUCUCCCACUCCCACUCCAACUCCCACUCCCACUCCUUUAUAUCUCACCCACUUCGCUCGCUCGCUUGCUCGAGCCCCCUCUAUCGCCCGCCAUGGAGCACGACGUGUAUCCACCAGCGCCCCGCCGCCCCGCCGCCACACACCCCGCUCACCCCGCUCACCCGUUCCUGCCCGCCCGCCCGAACGCACCGCGCAGGCGCCAGACCACGUCAACAUCCUCCACCUCCACCUCGUCCGCGCGCGCGCCCGACGUCGUCCCGACCGAGCUGGACGUGCUCGCGGCCACUCUGCGUGUCCUCGGUCCGUUCGUCCUCGCGCUCGACAGACGCACAGCCCUAGGCCCCGCCGCCGCCGCCGCCGCUCCUGCGAUCGAAGCUUCGAACGCGCCUCGACGCGCUGCGGCCUGUGGCUCCCGCUCCCGCUCCGCCCCGCCGGCAUUCGUUGGCCGACCACGACCACGACCUGCACGCCGGCGCGUCGAGCGGGGUCUGCGAGUGCUGCAGGGACGUCCCGCCCUGGGAUCGUCCAGGACUCGACCACGGAGUGCGGAGCGUGGAGGAGCCAAAGUCGGCGGGAAACACCCUGGCGGCGUACGGGCGGGCGGGCGGGCGACCAAUGACCCCACCCGCUUUCAGCGCUGGGGGACGCCAGAGCCCGACGCGGUGUCGGAGACGGCCGCGCACACGCUCUCGCACAAGCCCGUGGAACGCCCUGGCAUCCGCGCGCUCGGCGGGCCAUCGUCAGAAAUAGGACGCGUGGACGGUUCUGCGCCGGGCAACGCGAGAUCGCGCGCGAGCCUGCGCGCGUACCGGUGCGAUCUGUCACGUGACUCGAGCCUCUCGUCUUCGGCGUGUCUUGGACCCAAAGUCUCAGGUUUCCGGCGGUGUCGGAUGCGCAGCCUCUUUUCUGUACUCGCGGGUGCUUCUGUCCGCGGGAUCUCGAGCAUGGCGGUCAAGCCCGCGAUGUCGGACUCUUCGCCCCGCGUCUUCCUGCACCACCCCAUCCCUCCACCGCCCGCCAAAACCUCGCUCUCGACGCCCGCCCAGCAGCCGAGGUUUUCGGUGGUCGUCGAACCAAAUAAAGUGAUCGCUAAUUGUCUCUGGCACAUCAAAUUCCACCUCCUCGCCCGGCGCCGGACGCCCAUACCGGCUUCGCGUGUCCCGGUACAAGAGUGCGUUUCUCACCCGUCCGCGUUCUCGAUAAUGCAUCCGAUCAUACAUUGCAUCAAUGUCUUGACCGACAAGGUCUAUUACAACACGCUGGAAUAUCGCGUGCGAAGCACGAGCGACCCAGAUCUAGAUCAGCCCUCGUGUGUCCGCGUCGACAUCUCUAAUCGCGAAGCAGAAGUCAAAUUUCCGGUUUUCUUCUUUCUGCCCCCCGCGUCUCUCCAGACCCUCCAGACCGACUCUGCGCAGCACUUCCUCCCCAAGUCCGCCGUGCCGGACUCCGUCGGCUCGCUGCUCCAACAAGAGACCCCUGUCGUCCUCACAGACUUCUCGACCACGAUGCUCAUCACGAAGAUGGACACCGAAAACGCUGCGAUACAUUGUGAAGUAUCUCCCGUCUCCCCCUCCUUCCCCCUUCGACAUAUCCUGGCCGGCUUCAUCGCCCAGCGCCUGCCCCGCAACCAGCUCGCCCUCGAUCUCGACACCCCGUCCAAAACCGAAGGCGCCCCAAACAACCCAUCCAUCCCCGCCCCGUCCGACGCCCAAGUCUUCGCCACGAGAAAAUGCCACGCCGACUUUGACAGGUACGUCAUGGAGACCAGCCGGCCCGCAUUCGACCAGUUCCUCCGGUGGAAAGACCACAUGCGCGCGCGCGCGAAACCGGCGCUGGUCGGCGCCGCGGUGCAGGCAGAGACGGACGCGUUCGCGGCGCACAGGAUGCCCGCCCGCCCCCGGUACGCGCUCGGGCCCCUCCCCGCCGAAACAGACGCGUAUAUGCGCGCCAUACGCCGCCGCGCGUUCCCGCGCUUCGCACAGACGCUGCGCGGGUCCGCGCGCUUCGGCCUCGUGCUCGGCGAAGAGCUGACCCCCGCAGACGGGACCAGCUACGCGCGCACGUUCGUCUGCUCCGUCGGCGCCGUCGAUGGUCGCAGCGCCGCCGCCGCCGCCGCCGAGAGCGACGGCUGCGACGUCCCGCCGAGGCUGUGCGUCAAGCUGUACGACGACGGCGCGGCGCGGGUUCCUGACUUGAAGGAUGCCGGGAGCCCGUUCUUUUGGAUGCAGCAGUUCUAUACAGCGGAGACGAUGCUCCGGGUGGAAGAGGAUGCGUAUGUGCGGCUGGAGCACGCCUGGGGCUCGGUCGUGCCCUGGUUUUAUGGAACCCAUCGCUUCACCCUGCCGGACGGAAGGACGGCGUUCGGGCUGCUCACCGAAUACGUCGACAAGUCGGAGACGAGGCUGAGGGACCACCCCGAAGCUGCCCAGAUCUCCUUCAUCCAAAGCGCGCGCCACGCCAUCCGCGUGCUCCAGCGCGCAGACAUCAGCCAAUACGACUGGUGCUCCGGCCAGUGGAUCGUCGCGCCCCAUCCCGGCUCCUCCGACCACGCCGGCCCCUCCCUCGCCUGUGUCCUGGUCGACUUUGCGCUCACUUCGCAGGGCGACGUCUGGAGCGACGCGCUCAAGCAGGAUGACUGGGGCGACAUGGCGGACGCGCUGUACCUGGACAAACCCGAAGACGCGCAGAUGGAUGGGGUGUCGAGGGCGCUGCUGAAGCAGUGGUACGCCCCGCGCGAGGAGUGGGAUUUCAUGCGGUCGUCGUGGGUGAUGGACAUGAUGGAAAUGAAGGCGCGGCGGCAGGCGAUGCGUGAACGGACAGGUACCUGA